CUUUUGCCAACCCCAUCCCACCCUUCUUCUUCCUUGCCCCAACUCUCCCCCUCGAUCUUGGAUCGCAAAAGAUGGCUGCCCCUGCCAAACGCAGCAAGGCCGAUCAAGAGGCCACCUCUGCCCCUGGUGCCGACCGUCCCGAAGAGUCCAAGCACCCGAAGCACUCCAAGAAUCCCAGGGACUGCGACGGGCCCGGAAUCCUCAAGUUUAUCCCCCCGGCGCCACCCAGCAAUAUCAUUCCACUGCAAACGGCCCUGUCUUUGCAGACUGCCAUCGAGGACAUUGUCCCCCGCGAGUAUGUCCUCAUGAAAUUCAGUCACCCGGGUGGUCCCGUCGAAUACGCGAUCAAGAGCAAAGGCUACUCGGACGUGGCCCUUGCCCCCUAUACCCCCGCCUUCUUGGGUCCGGACAUCAUCACGGACACCGACCUCAACAACUGCAUCACACAGCUCAUCGUCAACAACCUCAAGCCCACAGGCCGUGGCGCUACCCUGACCGUGCUGCCAGGCGUUUAUGAGCUCAACGGCACCAUCGAUCUUGUCAGCCGCCUCACCAUUCGUGGAGUCGAUCGCCGUUCCGUCUUCUUCUACGCCUCUGAACCCGACAACACCUUCUUUGAAGGCAAUCAAAUUUACGAUGUCAAGCUCGAGAACAUCACCUUUGUAGCCGAUCCCCUCGUGUUUGAGCAAGGCCUCGUCCCUGAUCCCGUUGACCCGGACACGAACCGAGCCCCCCCCGAGAUGGCCCUCGUUCGCUUCCUUGGGUGUGCCGAUGUCGAGAUUAUCUCCUGCACGUUCAACGGUGCUCGCAUCUCCGAUCCAGCUUUCAAUGGCAUUCUCGUCAAUCGCUUCUGCGAUGCCGUUUUGAUUGACAAGUGCCAUUUUGAGGGCUGUGCACGCGGCGUUGUCGUCAACAUCUUUACCCUCACCCCCAACCCGGACGAGUUUUCCCCGCUCAUGCAAGUGUCUGGCUACCACAUUAACAACUGCCAGUUUCUACGCGGCAACUAUGGUAUCAAGGUGGAGCUUCAGGUCAUCGAGGGCGCUAACUUCCCGGUGGAGUUGUUCAAGAUUACGGGCAACCGUUUUAUCCGUCAGCUUCAAAGCGGCUGUGACCUCUUCCGCUGCAACGGCGCUGUCAUCUCCCACAACAACUUUUUGCAGCAGCACAACAGCUGCCUCAUCAUCCGGGAAGUGGUGGGUACUGCCAUCACUGGCAACAACUUUGCCCGCUCGUUUGAGACCAUGGUCAAGCUGAUCGAGGGUGCAACCAGCGUCGUCAUCACCGGCAACACCUUCCGUCAUCCCGGCUCAAGCAGCGACUCAAAUACCCCAGUCAACCACUUGGCCAAUGGCAUCUCCACUGACAACACGUGCAGUGAUAUCAUGGUCACUGGCAACGCCUUCGUUACGGCUGGUGGCCAGGACUAUGCCGUCUAUGCUGGCAUCGUGGCCUCGCCCCCCAUCGUUCGCUGCAUUUGCAACUAUGCCGAGGGCUUUGGCAUCGCCACCAAUCAGUUUGCUGAUGCCACUUGGAUCUCCACGGGCAACAACGUCAAUUCGCUGGGCAACUUGUACAUGGACGUUUACCCGUACUACUACGACCAGAGCGUCCUCAACCUCUGGAUGAACAACAACCGCACCCGUCCGGCUUUGCCCUAAGUCUUUGCAGAAUAUAAAGCUACCCCUGAGCAGGCUGCUCACAAGUGGUAGUCUCUUCGGAAUGCUCCGAUCCUGAUGAAGCUAAUAUGCGGAUCUAAAAUUGCCCAUGUCUUAACUUGCUUUCUCUUUUUAUUCCGUCCUGGUCUGUUAGUUUGUAUUUUGACCAUCGUUUCUUAUGCAUCGGUCGCUGCCAAUCGACUUUUGCGGACAUCCAAAA